UGUAAAAAGGUUAAUACAAUACACCAUAAUAUAAUACGGAUAUAAAAAAACCCGUACUAGAAAGGGAUAUAUGUUUCUAAUUAAAGGCGUAUUAUAUAUACACUUAAAUCUGGGGAGGCUUGUCUACAGUAGCUUUUCCAUUCACCUUCCGCCAUCUGCUGCUUCUUCGACCCUUCCGAGUGUCUCCCACCGCCGUCGACUUCCAAUCAAAGACGACCAUUCUUCCCCAGCACCAUCUAUCUUCCAAAUUACUAGAUUAACCUAACCGUCUUUGUUCUUUACAGUUCAGAGCCAAAACCCUGUCACCACCACCGCCCUAUACGUUGUUGCUCUCCGAUUAUAGGAUAUCUUUCCAACUACGAAGCCUCCACAAACGCAACCGCGACUCCAUUAUCGUCUACUUCUUCCCAACGCCCAUUCUUUGGUUAAGCCCUAAAUACAUUCCACCGCUUACUGCUUCGUCUUCCUCCUCAAUCAAAUUGAGAGCCGCUGGUGUCGUAGAAAGACAAUCCUCCACCGCCUGUGUCAUCAAACUCAGAGCCGCCAGUGUCGUAGAAAGAGAAUCCACCACUGCCAUGUCGCCACCUUUAAAGGCUUCCGGUUCGUCUUCGUCGCCAAUUCGAAAUCGUGUUCUUAGGCCACUCGAAAGGCACUCAUUGUCGAUGAAAUCAAAAUGUGAAAUCAUGUUCUUAGGUCACUGGAAAAGCACUCAAGCUCGAUGAAAUCAUCAAUUACGUUCAGUCACUACAAGGUCAAGUUGAGAUAUUUGAGAAGCUUUUUUUCACCUUUCUACUUUGAAUAUCAUUCGCCUUAAGCCGCCUCCGACUCCGACUCCGUCGAUCACCUCACUCACGAGUCACGUCCCUCCAGCAAGUUUCGUCUUCGUCUACAUGUGUUCUGCAACUCAAUCCAACUUAUUUGUAACCAAUCUUUAAUUUCGUUAAGAUUGGUUUACUUUUCUGCUGAAUUGCAGUUGCUUCCAAUUUCCAUCAAUGGCAUCUCAAGCCGACUCAUCUCUGCAAGCCAUCUGUUAUCACCGUGGCUCACUUUAACUACUUGAUCAGGUCCCUUUUCGCCUUCAUAUUCACUUCAUUUCAUAUAAUUGUAACUGUUGUUUUGAGCAGAGAAAACUUCCUCUUGAUACGAUCUAUUUGGAGAUUCGAGAUGCUGCUGAAGUGUAGUGUUUCCUCAGAACUUUUUCCUGAUUUGUUCUACUGUUUCACAGUUGUCCAACAGCUGUGAAUCUUUCAGAUGCUGCAACUAAACUUACAGAGAUUGUAACGAACUCUGCUGCAACUGCUACAGAUGUUAAUCAAGCGUUCCUUGCAAUUCCUCUCUCUCCUUGUAAUUCAUAUCAUGUAUUCAUGUUUGAUUUAGUUGCUUUUUGUUCUUUGCUUUUUCAGGCUUACAUUGAAGUUGCUGAAGUAAUGUUGGAAGAUGAUGUUGCUUCCAAUAAAGCAAUCGGGUCAUAUGGAUCUUCUUUCAUUCAAAUUCAACAAAAGGAAUCUAAGAAAUUUCCUGUUUUGACACAUUGUAAUACUGCCAGUCUUGCAACAGCUGAAUUUGGAACUGCUCUUGGAGUAAUCCGUGCACUACAUGAUGAUAGAGUACUAGGAAGAGCUUAUUGUACAGAAACCCGUCCAUUUAACCAAGGAUCAAGAUUGACAGCUUAUAAAUUAGUUCAUGACAAAAUACCCGCGACUCUUAUAGGAGAUUAUGCAGCUGCUGCUUUAAUGAAAACUAGAUCUAUCCAUGCUAUCAUUGUUGGAGCUGAUCGUGUUACUGCUAAUGGUGUUAAAGAGAAGUUAAAGAAACAGAUUAAAGAAGUGGAACUUGCACAAUCGAAAGAAGUGUCAUUACACUGGUAUGGCAUGGCAGAGAGUGUUCAAGUUAUUGGUGGAAUCUAUGUGUCCUUCAGCCACUUGGGUGAGAUAAGGACAUUUGGCAUGUUACAUUCAAGAUUUAAAUGGGUUACUUCAGCUCUCUGCGAACACCUUGUGCCAAUGCAAAAAAGAGGAGCCUAAAAGAUAUCAUGGAGAUUAUCGCACAAGAUGUUAUGAAUGAUGGUCACAAGUGGUGAGGCUUUGUUUGCUUUUGACUAUCAAGAAUCUGCAAUUAAUGUGCCUAGAAAUUUGAAGUAUCACCUUAUAUAUGAGAAUAUCAAAUCCCCCAACUGUCGGUAACAUGGUCUCAUAUAGGUUAGUAAUUUUCCAACUAUUCACUUAUUUCAUUCAUCAUUGUCCUUAAGAUUAGAUUUUGUUGGUUGUGUAAACAGGACAGUGUUUUGACUCCAUAUGUUCUCUAUUCAUAAGAAGGAAAAUAAAGAUGAAAUUUCAAUUAUAUUUUACCUCUAGAAGUUAGAAAAUAUAUCCAGGUGUCUAUUGAUAUUA